AUGGAUUCCUUUGAAGCAAACACCCAGUUCAACCAAUUACUUCGGAGUAUCAACCCUUCAGUACAAAGCUUGAAGAAGACAGCUCACUUUGCUAUUAAGAAUUGGGAAAAUGAAGAUUAUUUAUUCCCUUCAAUCUUAGAUAUCUUGAAUGAUAUUCAUGUGGAACUUAAUACCAAAUCCACCAUAUUCCAACUUAUAGAUGUUUUAAUCAAUGAAUCCUUCACUAUUUCUGCUCAUAAGGACUCAGCUUAUUCAUAUCCUUACAUAAAUAACUUAAAAUCGGCUUUACCCCAGAUUCUUUUGAAAGUGUUACCCGGACACAAUAAUUAUAACUUAUAUAAUGUGUUUAAUAGUCUAAGAAACAUCUCCAAGACGUUGAAAAUCGAUACUUCAGAGUAUGAACAACAAUGGAACUUAAGUUCCGAGAUGUUACUGAAAGAAGAGAUGGAAAAUAUUGAUCUCAAUUUACCUUACCCUGAAGUUGUUCUUGAUGAUGCUAGCUCUAAUGACCCCGUAGUUCAAGCUUGGGAGUUACUUAUAAAGAAGAGGAAACAAAGUUUCUAUGAUCGGUUGAGGUUACUUAAACACCAGCCUCCUAAAACGGAAGACUUAAGCGAGGACGAGAUGUUUUAUGUUAACACCAAGGAGCGUGCUCAUAACCAAUUGACCAAAAAGCAGAUAUUAUUGAGAAUGGAAGAUGAUCGAGAGACCCACAAGCGUAGUAAAGAGAGUUUAUGGGUGGUAGAGAGACCUAAGAAUUCUGUGGGGGUGACGGAGGAGGAGUUUAUGGGAUUUUACUGGAAUAAAUUUGAUAAACUUAGUAAGGAGGAUGAGAAGGCGUUGUUUGAGACGUUGGAGGGGUAUAAUGAGGUUGUGGCGGGGAGUUAUAAGGAUGUUCAGUAG